UUCUUCUUCAUCAGCCUGGUCUUCUAUGAGGCUCUAGCAGUAGUAUUUUGUUUUUCUUCUUCUUUUUUUCCUUCUUUUUAAAUCAGGAGGAAAAAAUGCCACGUUCCUUUUUGGUGAAGCAGCCGAAGGUUCACGAUUUCUCGUCUUCCAACUACUACCAUCAGCACCAGCAGCACUGGGACGACUCGCACACUGUCACACAUGCCAUCACAGAGUCGGCCACCAACUUGGCGGUGUGUUUGAGUGAAAAUGGCUACAUCCACGAUUACAUCAUCCCCUCAGCUUUGCAGAGCACAAAGGAGGCAGGUCAUGAGCAGACCGUGCUUUCCUCGUUGCCCCUGUACUCCCCAGGUGGCAGUGGCGGGGAGGAGUUCUCCGACCACGACAUGGAGCAUCCGGACAGUCCCGUCUCCAGCGGCACAGUCGAGUCGGACGGCAGUGGCCCCGAGUUGGAGGCGUGUGGCAUCGGUGCCUUCCUCGUCUCAGACGGCCGCUCCCGCCGGAGGCCCAGCCAGAGGCAUCCUCGCAAGGGAGGCAGCCAGUCGGACAGCAGCGAGGGCGUCGGCUCGGCGGACUGCAGCCCCGCCAAAGGGAAAUCCAAAGGGCGCCACGUGUGCGGCGAGUGCGGCAAGUCUUACGCCACGUCCUCCAAUCUGAGCAGACACAAGCAGACUCACCGCAGCCUGGACAGCCAGCAGGCCAGGAAGUGCUCCACCUGUCACAAGGUCUACGUGUCCAUGCCGGCGCUGGCCAUGCACAUGCUAACCCAUGACCUGAAGCACGAGUGCACGGUGUGCGGCAAAGCCUUUAGUCGACCGUGGCUUCUGCAGGGCCACAUGAGGUCCCACACCGGGGAGAAACCGUUCGCCUGCGCCCACUGUGGCAAGGCCUUCGCCGACCGCUCCAACCUGCGCGCUCACAUGCAGACGCACUCGGCCUUUAAGCACUACUCCUGCAAACGCUGCUGCAAGAGCUUCGCACUCAAGUCCUACCUGAACAAGCACUACGAAUCGGCCUGCUUCAAGGAGCACCAACCAGAGGACGACUGCUGCAGCUCUGAGGACUGAUCGGGACGUAUUCAUCUUUUUAAUUUCUAUUUAUACGCUUUUUAAUAGUUCAUACAAACAAAGUCAGAGAAAGCUUCUUCUCAGGCUUUUACAUGCAUGCAUCAUAAUCCUGCCUUUUGAUAUAAGCAAUAACCUCACUUGAAAUUAUUCAGGAAUUAUGUAUGAAAUUCAUAAAAAAUCUCAGUGUUGUUCACAAGUAUAGGAUAUUUUAUAUUGUUUUUUAUUAAUUGAAAUUGCAAUAAUUUACAUGCCAG